GAGUGAGAAGCGCGGCUGCGAUUGCUUGAGUGAGAACACGACGGUCUCGUUGACUUUGACUAGUGGGUAAUGAUGACCCUGGGUGGCUUGACCAACCCGGUCAUCUCAUGGGACUUGUCUGAGAUGGCCAACAGACAGACAUGAUAGAUGGAUCGGCGAGACUCCCUCGGCAUGUUGCGGCCCGGUUGCAUGUUUGCAACUUUGCGCCCGUCCAAAUUUCCCUAGAGGGUUCUCUUGACAGGCACGCCACCCAUCAGCUCACUUGUUUUUCCAACCUUGUCGCCUACCAGUUCAGGGGAUUGUUAUAUCUGCCUGCUUUCGCCCUCCUUUUAAUCUUCGACUCCUAAUCGCCAACCGAAAUCGAUACUUCCUCGUAGCAUUUGCUUUUUCGCUCUAUUUACAUCCGACUACCCGCCGCUCUCCGGCUGACAUCUGAUCGGCUCUUUGCGACACCAUGCCUGGUAGAACAUUGCCCACCAUCCCUCAGGCCGACGUCGCCUCGCACAACACGGCCAAGUCUUGUUAUGUCACCGUCGGCACAAAGGUCUACGACAUCACCCCUUUCCUCGACGAUCACCCCGGUGGCGGUGAAUUGAUUGUCGAAUAUGGCGGCAAAGACGUCAAGGAAAUCAUGGAUGACACGGCUUCGCACUUCCAUUCAGAGUCCGCAUGGGAGAUCCUCGAUGAUUACCUUGUCGGCUUCGUCGCUACUGAGGCUGUCAUGAAGUCUGUCACCAAUAGCACCCAUCCUGCCGACAUUGUGCCCCUGCCACCCUCGGACGCCGGAGUAGACCAGCUGCGCAAGGACGGCGUCAAUCAGCCAUUGUACGAAAACACCGGAAUGUCCUGCGAGGAGGACUUGUCAAAGGAGACGGACGCCUCCUCGGAUUACCGCACCCACAAAUUCCUCGAUCUCAACAAGCCUCUGUUGAUGCAAGUGUGGAGAGGCGGCUUCACAAAGGACUUCUACCUCGAGCAAGUGCAUCGUCCCCGACACUACAAGGGUGGAGACAGCGCCCCUCUCUUCGGCAACUUUCUCGAGCCUCUGAGCAAGACUCCGUGGUGGGUUGUUCCCACUGUCUGGGUUCCUCCGGUCGCAUACGGCACCUACCUCGCCAGCAGAGGCCUCUCUACGGUUGGUCUCGCAUCUUACUGGGUCGUUGGUCUUUGCAUCUGGACCCUUGUUGAAUACGUUCUGCAUCGCUUCCUCUUCCACUUGGACCAGCAUCUGCCCGACAACCGCGUCGGCCUCACGUUACAUUUCCUUCUCCACGGCAUCCACCACUACCUACCCAUGGACAGGCUUCGUCUGGUCAUGCCUCCAACUCUAUUCCUUGUUCUCGCCACGCCCUUCUGGUAUCUCGCUCACGCUGUUUUCUUCUACAACUGGAACGCUGCCACUGCAGUCUUCUGCGGUGGCAUCUUCGGAUACAUUUGCUACGAUCUGACCCACUACUUCUUGCACCAUAAGACUCUUCCUGCCUACUGGCGCGAGCUGAAGAAGUACCACCUGGCGCACCACUUUGCUGAUUACGAGAACGGCUUUGGUGUGACAAGCCGUUUCUGGGACUGGGUCUUCAAGACCGAACUGCCCACCGCUACACCCAAGGUCAUCAAGACGUCGUAAAUGAUUACUCAAGCGUCAUGUCAACGGGAAUCAUGUGUAUAUUAGACUGGUGAGAAGUGGUUGGGCAUUCCGGGGGCUGGCUGGACAGGCGUUUAGGCUCUUGAUUUCUUUUUGUCCUUCUUCUUGGAAAGAGGGGCUGGCUCGGGUGCAGAGGGGGUACCGCCAAACAUGCUUUCCAUGCCAGCAGGCAGACUAGGCAUACCGGGCUGACCUUGCAUGCCUUGCAUUUCCUGCAUCAUAUCCUUAAAGUAAUUUUCGUUAACGCCUCCACCGCUUAGAGCGGGAGAGUGUAAUGGCAAUAUCGUGCCCAUCUUCCAACCCUUUGGUGCAGCUGGUGGAGGGAUAGGCUUUGUCGGUGGUGGCAGACCAGCGAUUCUCAUGCGCAUAGGUGACUCCUCGGUGGUAGGAUGUGCUCGUAGAUAGUCGGCGACCAGUUUGUACAAUUGAUGCUCUGUAGAGGUUCAGUUACAAGGGAAUUCUGUAAUAGAGGAGAUUUGCC